AUGUUCAAACUGAAGUCACGGUCCAAAAAUACCUACUUAAGAAACCCGAUAAAGUCUUCAACCCACCAACAGCUUAGUAACUAUAGAUUCACUGAUUGUAUUGGACGAGGCAACUUUGGCGAUGUUUAUAAAGCUUACGAUUUGAAGCAAGGCAGGAAUGUGGCAAUCAAAUCCAUAAAUUUGGAAAUGAGUGAAGACGAAAUUCCCAUUUUACUUCAAGAACUCAGCUUAUUGAGGAGUUUAAGACAUAGAAAUAUUACACAAUGGUAUAGUACAUUCAUUAUUGAUGUUAGUAUGCUAAUUGUUAUGGAGUAUUGUAGUGAGGGAAGUUGUGCAGAUCUAUUGAAGUUCAAUAGAAAUGGAGUUGAAGAAUGCGUUUUAUCAUAUAUUAUGAAAAAUACCCUUCAAGGUUUAAAAUAUCUACAUGAAAUGGAUAUAAUUCAUAGAGAUGUGAAGGCGGCAAAUAUAUUAAUCACUAAUAAGAGAGAAAUCAAACUUGCUGAUUUUGGAGUAAGUGGACAAAUGGAUGGCAUGAAGGGGAAAAAAACGUUUGUGGGGACACCUUAUUGGAUGGCGCCUGAGAUUAUAGCAGAUUUAAGGACUUUGAGGAAAGAUAGGAUAAAUCUUGAAAGGAGGUUGAUUGAAUCUGGCUUGGGGUUUCGGACUCUUUAUAAAUUCUGGAAUAAGAAAAUACAAGAAAAUGAAUACAAUGAGAACUUAGAGGCCCAAACAUUUAAUGAGGCAAUGAAAGGUAGUCAACCUAUUGAUAUUGAUAAUUUUGAAGAAGUUGAAUAUAACGAAAAGGUAGAUAUUUGGUCUUUGGGUAUUACAUUAAUAGAGUUAGGUACAGGCAAAAUACCCAAUCAUGAAAAAGAGCCAUUUAAAGCAAUAUUUGAGAUACCAAAGAGUGAACCACCUAGAUUACCAAACAAAGCUAGUUAUUACCUCAAGGAAUUUAGCAUGGCAUGUUUAAGUAAAGAUCCAACUAUUAGACCUAGUGCUACAGAAUUGUUAAAAUUCAAGUUCAUAACUAAAACAAGGUUAAGAUCUAAUUCACUUGCAAUAUUAAGUGGACAUGAAUAUAAAUUGAAGAGACGUAAGCCUAAAUAUGAUUUACAAUUUGAAACCAUUAACCACGGAUCAUCAGUUGAUUGGAAUUUAGAGUUGACAUCUAUCAAAAAGGAGAAUUUACCAUUGUCACCAUUAGAAAGCAAUCAGAAUCCUAAACUCUCUUAUUAUACAGACUCAAUGUUCAGUCAAGAUUCAAGUAAGGAGGUGACUUCAGACAACAUCUUUAAUAUCUCGGGUCAUAACUAUCUAAAAAACGAACAAACAGCAAAUACCUCACCAUUGGCUUUAUCACCUCAACGUAAACAUCCAACACAGACAGAUAUAGAUGUCGAAUAUGUGACGGACUUGAUCAACCAAGUUGCCAAUUGCAGUGCGGCUCAAGAAAUUGCCGCAGCAGUAAGAUCCACGGGUGCGGCGCUCAUACAGUUAGCAAGAGGUUCGACACGGCAUUGUGCGGCUUUUCGCGCACUUAUAGAGGGGCUCAACAAUGUUUAG